GAUAAAACACAAUGAUAUAGUUUUGAGCAGGCUUGUGCAGAUAGCUGCAUUGUAGGUCUGUAUUGAGUAUUGUUAAAAAACAAAGCUGAACCUUUAAAGAAAGAAAAACAUCAGGAAAACAAAAAUGUUGUUGGGAACUUACGUUAUCCUCGUUGCAAUUUCAAUCGUGAAAUGUGCUCCGAGCAGUCAAAUCAUCAGUGGGGUGGAAGCUAUAAAAGGAGAGUUUCCUUCUAUGCUUUCACUGCAGAGAUUUAACUCAGCAACUGGAUGGAGCCAUGUCUGUGGUGCCACCCUGAUCAACUUUGAGCAUUCAAUCACUGCUGCUACUUGCUUCUUGCAAUCAAGCAACGCGACAGAGUACAGAGUUGUUGCUGGGCUACAUGAGUUAGUCAAUACUCCAGAGCAACAAUUCUUGACAGUAUCGACCAUUGACAUAAACCCGUCAUUUGCGAACGAUCCUGCGAACGGCUACCCCAAUAACAUUGCGGUCCUUAGGCACCAGGCCGCCACACGCACUGCCUACGUGAACGUCAUUGCUUUGCCUACGACAGCUACAUACUACGACCAGUUCUGUAAUAUCACCGGAUGGGGCAGAUACGAAGGAGGUGAGCCGGCGCCUGUGCUGCGACGUGCCAUGGACAGAGUGAUCAAUGAUCUUGAUUGCAACGCAGCUUAUCCCACCAUUAACAUAAACUACAACUAUCAUAUAUGCUUUGGAGAUGGCCAAAUCAGCGCAUGUGGGGUUGAUCAUGGUGGUCCGAUCAUUUGCCCAGAACCACAGGGAAGUCCAGCUAUUGCUGGUGUUAACUCGUUCAAUGACAUCAGCUGCCAAAAUGGUCCUUCCGUCUACACCAGAGUGUCGACAUACCUGACCUGGAUAUGCUCAAUCACGCAGAGUUGUUAGAAAUACGGCACUCGGUUGUUAUUAUAACCAUGCAUGUUAAACAGUGUGCAGUGCACUCAUUUGUGAGUUACAACGAGAAGUUCCUAGUUGGCAGAAUUAUUAAGAAUUGUAAAUAACAAAUAAUAAAUAUAUUUUAUGUUAUUUUCGA